CCUCUCUCCAUCUCCCUCUCCGGACUUGUUCUCCCCGCCAUGUUGUGUGUGUGCGCGCGCCUCGUCGCGACAUCCAGCCACCCUCAUUUACCUGUUGCCGACCGAAUCGCUCUCUUUUCCAGCCCGUGAUCACCUAGUACUCGACUGUUCAUACGACACACAAGAAAGGGACCGGCCGCACCCUCAUUGAGAACCUGAUGGGUGCUAGCUCCCGCCCGUAGCCUCAUGCAAUGACGCUCUCUUCGCAGAAGCCGCUGCGGGGAUUGUGGCCCCUGGCAGCACUGCUCUGCCUUGCCCUCCCGCUCCAGAGCGUCGCCGAGCCGGUUCAGUACUGCAAGUCUGGACACUCGACGGACGGCGAAGACGGCGUGGACUUUUGCGUCGGCCUCUCGCUCCAUCGAAACGCCUCCACGGACGCGCACAAUGCCUACAUCACGCUGACGCACACCCGGCCGUCGCACUCCGCCGUGGGCUGGACGGCCGUGGGCAUCGGCCGGACCAUGAUGGGGGCCUUGAUGUUCGUCAUGUACGGCGACCCGGCGGCGUCCGGCGAGAAGAAGCCUACCGUGAGCGUACGCACGGCCACGGGUCACACGUAUCCGAACGUGGUGCCGCGCGAGAGAAUGAACGGCGGAGACUGGCGGGUCAUGCACGCCGAAUGGCUCACCGACGGCGGGCAGCGCGACACCUCGACCGCGGUCGUGUCGCUCGUCUGCUACUCCUGCACGCUGUGGCCGGACGAGCCCAUCUCGGCGUCGUCGACGGCGCAGCCCUGGAUCUGGGCGUGGAACAAGGGCCAGCAGUUUGCGACCUUUACGGACAACGAACACCUCGCCAUGCACGAGCCGCGGCCGGACAGCGGAGGCUAUGGACACUUUUACGUCGACAUGACACAGGCGGAGAGUGCGGGAUCCAAGGAGCCGUCGCUGCCCGUCAUCGAUCCUGGCGUCGCCGCGGUGGGCGCCUCCGACAGCCCCAAGUCUACUGGCACUUCCAAGCCCAAGCCCAAGCCCAUGUCGUUCCACGUCAUUGUGAUGCGCAUCCACGGCGUGCUCAUGAUGGUUGCGUUCCUACUGCUCCUGCCGCUUGGAGUUCUUGCCAUCCGGUCCGGCUCGCCGCGGUCGUUCAAGUACCACUGGAUCAUCCAGACCACCGCGUCGUUGGCCAUGGCAGGCGGCCUGGCCGCCGGUCUGAGCAUGCAUCCGGAGAUCAGCACGGUGCACCAGGUCGUGGGCGUAUGCCUCGCCGGCAUGGUGGUCGUGCAGAUCUAUCUCGGGUGGAGGCACCACGUCGACUUCGUCCGGAUACGCCGGCGGACAUGGAUAUCGCACGCGCAUAUCUGGGCCGGGCGGGUCUUUUUGGCCGGCGGCUCCGUCAACGUGCUGCUGGGCCUUGCGCUGAGCGGAUACUCGCGCCUGUGUAUGGCGAUUGUGGCGGGUUACAUCGUCGUCGGGGGCGUGGGCUUGACGUUUUGGAUUCGCCGUCGCAACAAGAGCAUGGCUGCAAAGUCCAAUGGAGUGGUAGAAGGUGAGGAGGAGGAAGAGCAACUGGUUCCUCUCCAGAGCGACGAGUACUUUGUUGUGGCCGAGGACGGAGACGAUGAUGAAUCAGACGAUGCCCGGAAGUCGACUGAAAAGACUAGAUAGAGUCAGUCGCACGCAUGAUUUCAAGUCGAAAUAAUGAUGAGAGGUGGCGGACCAUGCUUGUCCUCAUGAUCAACGAGAAGAGUUCGCCCUCUGCCGGGAUUGCUUAGACACAUUGGUCAUCGGAACGUGCUUUGCAGCUGC